AUGCCUCGUUCGAUGCCCCAGAGUCGGCCGAGUCAUAUCACCCGAGCAAAGUCCUCCCUCGAGCCGAGUCGCGUCAGACCGGCCAGUCGUCCGGUCCACCAAACGGCUCGAUUCCGCAUUGACUGGCCCAAGGCCGUGGCAGAACUGCGGCCCGCCGACGGCUGGCACUGUCGUCUGGCCGGCGACCUCGAGACGACGUCGUGUCGAGGCGGCGCUCGGAGACGAGGCCUCGUCUCGCAACGCUCCGAGGCGUCUGGCGGAUCCAUCAGCGGCGGCGUCUUCAGUCUUUGGCGUCGGCACAAACAGCCGCAGGCCGCGGAGCCUCGAGUCCCGGACACCUCUGGCUCGUCUGCACACGGGAACCCCGACCCAUCCGACCCGCCCGGCCCCGGCCCGGCCCCGGGGAAGCUGCACUUCACGCAAUUGACUAUGUCCAGCUCCUCUUCCCUCCUCAGGCGUCUGCGAUAG